CGUCUAUAGCUACCUCGGUUCGCUCCAAAACUUUUGCCUGGCUGCAGAGAAGCUAUUGCGGCGAUAGGAGGAGUAAAAUAUUUACCACACAUUGCGGAAAAACAAGCUAUCAAGUCGGAGCUAAAGUUGGGGGUAGCAUCAACACCUACGACGACGAAUCAAGCACAAGCCGGAGCCGGUUCGUAAGCGGGCCGCAUUUCGUUCGAUGGAGUGACGCCGAAAAAGUGACAGGUACCACUCUUGACAGACGUUCAAUCAAAACCCUGUAACUGCCGAGAUAUUUCGUUGUCGCUAGCCACCAACUACCGUAUUCGAUCGUAAUGGAACCAGAAUUGCUUGAGAUACUGUGCAAGCAGUUCUACGAAUCGCGCGAUGCCCAGCGCCGCGCGGAGGCAGAAAAAGUGCUGUACCACUUCCAGGAUGAUCCCGACGCGCUGUCCAAGUGCCAAACGCUGCUGGACCGUGCGGACUCGAGCUUCUCGCAGCUGUUUGCCACAACCAUCCUGACGAAGCUGGUGACGAAAAACAUACAAGUGUUGCGGAUGCAGCAGCGGGUGGACAUACGCAACUACGUGCUUAACUAUUUGGCGACCCGGCCGAAUCUGCAACCGUUCGUGAUUCAGGCGCUAAUAUCGCUUCUCGUAAAGAUAACGAAGCUCUGCUGGAUCGACAUGUACGAGCAGGAGUACGUGUUCCAGAACAUCCUGCAGGACGUGAAGGAGUUUCUCGGCGGGUCGGUGGAGCACUGCGUGAUUGGAGUACAAAUUCUGUCGCAACUGACCGUGGAGAUGAACCAACAAUCGGAAACGGCAUGCAAUCUCACCUUUCCCAAGCAUCAGCGCAUCACGGGCCUGUACCGUGACAAGAUGCUGUACGACAUCUUCAUCCUAGCGUGCACCUUGCUCAGCCAGGCGAAGGACAAUGUUUGUAAAAACUUGGCCUGUCUCGACGAAGCGCAACAGGGACUGUUCACGCAUCUGCUGGAGCUGGCACGGAAUUGUUUGAGCUAUGAUUUUGCCGGUGCCACGGCAGACGAGUCGUCGGACGAUAUUGCUACGGUACAGAUACCGAUCAACUGGCGGCCAGCGUUCCUGGACUCGGAGUCCGAUUCGCUGAAACUGUUCUUCGAUCUGUACCACAUGCUGCCGACGCAUCUGUCCAGUCUGGCACUGUCCUGCCUGGCGCAGAUCACAUCGAUUCGGCGUUCAAUUUUUAGCAAUCCGGAGCGUAUCAAGUUUCUCACGAAGCUGGUGAAGGGCGCGACGGACAUUCUCAAAACGUCGCACGGGCUGAGCGAUCCCGACAAUUACCACGAGUUCUGCCGACUGUUGGCUCGGCUUAAAUCCAACUAUCAGCUCAGUGAGCUCGUGAUCGUGGAAAACUACCCGGAAGCGAUCCAGCUGAUAGCCAAGUUUACGGUACAAUCGCUGCAAAUGUGGCAGUCGGCGCCGAACAGCAUCCAUUACCUGCUGUCGCUAUGGCAACGGUUGAUCGCGUCACUGCCGUACGUGAAGUCGCCCGAACCGCAUUUCCUGGAAACGUACACGCCGGAAGUGACGAAAGCGUUCAUUACCUCCAAGCUGGACGCCGUCCCCGUGAUUGUGCGCGAAGGGCUCGAAGAUCCGGUAGACGAUACGGACAUGGUGCAGCAGCAGCUGGAACAGUUUUCCACCAUCGGGAGCUGCGAGUACGACAAAACGUGUGCACUGUUGGUGCAGCUGUUCGAUCAAACGGCCAACCGCUACCAGGAGAUACUGUCCAGCCCAACCACUGCAAACCACAUCGAUUUACAAAUCUGCGAAGGACAGCUUACGUGGUUGGUGUACAUUAUUGGGGCUUCGAUCGGUGGCCGGAUUGCACCAGCCACGCACGACGACCAUGAAGUGCUGGAGUGUGACAUUAUCAUUCGAGUGUUGCAGCUGAUGACGCUUACCGAUUCGCGGCUGCCACAGUGUGGCUGCGAAAAGCUGGAACUAGCCUUUAUGUACUUUUUGGCGCAUGUGCGCAAGACUUACAUCACGGAGCACAUGCAGAAGCUGAAGAUGUUACCCCGGCUGUCGGAGAUACUGGGCGUGAGCGAUGACGAUAUGACCAUGCUGACGGUUACAAGCCGAAAGAUCAUAACAAACCUCAAAUAUUUAGGAAACUCGGAGCCUGUGCUACGAAAGACGCUUUCAUUGCUAAACGACCUUACCCUAAUGUGCUCUUCCGUGCGAAAGCUCAUCAAGUUAGACGAGAUCCAGUUUAUGCUGAACAAUCGUACGCGCGAACAUUUUUCGUUCCUGGGUUCUGGCACGGUUGCGGCCACCCGAUGCCGUAGCAUGUUCUACACCUGUCUAGGCCGUUUGCUGAUGAUGGAUCUUGGCGAAGACGUGGAACGCUUCAACACCUUCAUGAUGCCGCUAACGAAAACGAUCGAGAACAUCAUCAUGAUGAACUUUCCGAGCGAAGAAGCCAAGAAAGAGCUGAUCGGAUUGUCGCGCGAUUUGCGGGGAUUGGCCUUAGCGUUUAAUGCUAAAAUGCCGUACAUGAUGCUGUUUGAUUGGAUCUAUCCCGACUACUCGCCUAUCUUAAUUCGUGCUGUGCAAAUGUGGGCUCACGAUCCUACGGUAACGACACCAGUGCUGAAACUGUUCACCGAACUAGUCUACAACCGAUCGCAACGUUUGGUGUUUGAUGUCUCUAGUCCAAACGGCAUACUGCUAUUCAGAGAAACGUCCAAGUUGAUCUGUUGUUACGGUGAAAGUAUGCUGUCGCUAAAUGUACCCAGCGAGCAGAUGUACCCCAUGAAGUUGAAGGGCAUUUCAGUAUGUUUUCAAAUGCUGAAGCAAAUCCUCAGCGGAAACUACGUGAAUUUUGGCGUGUUUAAGUUGUACGGAGACAAUGCACUGGACAAUGUGCUUAACAUGACCGCGAAGCUGAUAUUGACCAUCCCGCACGAGGAUAUACUAGUUUACCCAAAACUAUCACUAUCGUACUACACGCUUAUACAGUGCUUAGCCCAGGAUCACAUCUUAUACCUGUCCACGCUGGAACCACCGCUAUUUUUGUACAUUCUAGAAAGUAUAUCCCAAGGAUUGAAUGCAUUAGAAACCGUAAUUUGUUCAUCUUGUUGCCAAACGUUGGAUCACAUUGUGACGUACAUUUUCAAGCAGCUACAACUGAAUGUUUCUACAUUCCCGAACAAGAAGCAUCGCCAGAUAGUUCCGCCGGAAAACAACAUGUUUUUGAAGGUGAUGGAACUUCAUCCCGAAAUCCUGCAGGGUCUGCUGUCGACCAUGAUGAAUAUAGUAAUGUUCGAGGACUGCAAACAUCACUGGUCCAUGUCCCGUCCGUUGCUCGUGUUAAUACUAUUGUACGAGGAUUGCUUUCGUCGAAUCCGUGAAACACUCAUCCAGUCCCAACCCGUAGCAAAGCAGCAAAACAUGGCCCGCCUAUUCGAAUUGCUAAUGGAUGGUAUCGAGCGAAACCUGUUAAUUCAGAAUCGCGACAAAUUCACGCAGAACCUCUUGCAGUUCCGUCGGGACAUGAAUGCAUCCCUCAAGAUUACACCGCAGCCCAACUCGACGGCAAACGAAAUGGACGAUUAAAACGAGGAAAAGCAGUUGGCCAGUGUUGCAGAACAGUUACCCCCAGCAGCAUUGACUGAGCUCGCGAAACAAGAAGGAAACAAUGGUAUCCUGUUUGAUGUAUGAAGUUGCUUUACGACGAAGAAAGUUACAUACAUGCUCAACAGCAACAGCAAGGAAGUGACCACAAGCAAACAAACACACGGUGUACAGUGAAAUGAAAUCGUCUCGCCAACGGCAGGGAAUUGUUGUACUUUUUGUACCGAAAUUGUAACGCGCGCGUCACGAAGCCGUGCAAUGUGUGCAAUGAACAGCAAAAUACCGCGAUUUGAACGAAUAUUAUCGGGGCUCGUAAAAUCCUUUAUGGAAGAGCAGAUGAAGGAAGGUAAAAUAUUAGUUUUUUUACAUUAUCUCAUAUAAGCACUUCUUUUCCAUAUCUUCUUCUUUUUUAAAUCGUUUUCCAUCCCCGGUAAUAAUGCAUAUUUUGGACACAAUUUGAGUAACUUAGUGGUUGCUGUUCUGCGUACCGGCAAUUUGACUUGCUUCUGCCCUGAAUUGGUUGAUUAGUGUUUGUGAUGAUGAACAGCGGGGUUGCGUUUCAUAUAUGUUUUUUUAAAUUCCAUAUUUUAAUAAUCUGCUGCAUACACACCGGAAUGGCUACAUUCCUGUCUUUUCUAUAGUAUACAUAAUUUAAAGGCAAAGCAAGGCACGUUUACAAGAAACCGGAAGAUCGAAUAGCGGACAGGGAAGCUGUGCAGGCCGGUUUCAAGUAGAAGAAAAGUAAACUUUGCCGAGCAUGUUAAUAAAAUGGUUCAGUUCAGUUAGGCCAGCUACAAUUGGUUCCGUCUGAUGAUCAUCCAUCGCGCAUCGAGAUCGUUUCACUGUCUUCGACAUGCGGGAAAAACUACAUCUUAUGGUUUACAAUAGAGCAUAACUUUAGGCAAAGGCCGGCUCAAAGAAAAUCAAACCGACAGUCCAGGUUUAAGGCGGGCCUCACUGACUGACGCACUUGGCAAGGAGAGGAGGAACACGAAACAAGAAGAAAUUGCGCAAACGAUCGAAUAAUUUUGAAUUUGGAUCCAGUUGCCAUGGCGAUAUGUGUAUAGAGGAACCCCAAGAGCAAGCACAGAUGAUGGUAAAAUGUGAGAAGUAUGAAUAAAACCCGAAAUAUGAGAAAUGCGAA